AUGAGUCAGCAUGAUGAGUCACAUCCAGCCGAGAUCCAGUUCCCGUUGGACAAGUUGGUUGCGGGUCGAUGGCGCGUCGUCCGCACCCUAGGCCAAGGCGGUUGUGGGAUCGUGUAUGAAGUUGAAGAUAUGAACAAUAAGCCACAGCGUGCCGCGCUCAAGGUGGAGCCGAAUAAUGCCGCGGGUGGAGUGUUGAAGAUCGAAGCAGAAGUAUUGAAGCAGCUACAGGAUCGGCCUUAUACGAUUCGGCUGUUACAGUCGGCGAAGCGGCAGGAUUACAGGUAAGUUUUGCUAUCUUAUACAAAACAUAAUAUGAAUUUUCGUAUCUACCUUAUAAAACGUACCCUACUCUACCCUACCAUACCGUGCCUUCCCUUUCUCAACCAUACCUUACUUUACCUUAACAUCCCUUACCUUACCCUACCCUACCUUCCCAUACCCUACCUUGCCUUAACCUACCUUACCACACCCUAUCGUAUGUUACCUAUCUCUAAUAUAACAAAUGCCAUUUCAGUUUCAUAGUCCUAACCCUAUGUGGCCCAGACUUGGACAAUGUUCGUGAGCUACACAGUCUGCCAAGGUUCACCGAAAGCACGACGUUACGGAUCGGGAUUCACUGCCUGUACGCUAUAAAGCAGCUACAUGAAAUUGGCUACAUUCACCGCGACGUGAAGCCGAAUAACAUGGUAAUCGGAGUUGAGAAGCAUGAUCGACGACUAGUGUAUUUGAUUGACUAUGGCAUGGUACGAAGAUACGCUUCGGAGGAUCACAACAACAAAUGGGUUCUCAAGCAGCCGAGGUCUAAUGUAAGUGAAAUGGGUACAACCACCAUGAUGAAUAUACCCUUCCCUUUGCCUAUAUUUUUUGAACGGUUUUUAUAGAACGUAUUUUACAAACCCUAUACUAAAUAUGAAAUUUCAGACCGCUCUCAGAGGCACAUUACGUUACUGUUCCGUGAACGUUCAUAAACGUCGUGACCAAGGUCGUGUAGACGACCUUUGGUCUCUUGUUUAUAUGAUGGCUGAGCUUCGAGGCCCAUUACCGUGGAUAAAGUGUACCAGAGAGGACCGACUAAUAAUCAUGAAGAACAAAUUCGAUACUGGAGCUAACCACAGCGCAAUGAGGGAGUUGGACUGUUUGAAGCCAAUUGUAGCUCAUUUAAGUACAUGCGGCUUUGGGGAUCGGCCUGACUAUUUGCUGAUCUUUAAUUCGGUAGGUGUUUCAAUGUUAUUAUCAGAUGAGUGAUCUUGAUCUAGAAAUUUUAGCGAAGAAAAAAAGUUUUAGCUAGUAAAUACUUAGAAACAGUACCACGUGUACCUACUAUCAUACCAAAGUUACAUUUUUAGAUUAUGAAGCAAAUUCGAGCGAAAGGCUAUAGAUUCAGUGAUCCAUAUGAUUGGGAAACGUCGAAAGAAACGGCACCAAACGCCUCGGAAUCUUCACGUUCGGAGAUUUCACGGAACAGUAAUGACACGAACACUCCUUCCACAAUGACAGCAAUCGAUGGAGGCAAGUUACUAACGGUUACAACAGGUUGCCCAAAGAUGGAUGAACCAUUCAAAGCGCCCAACGUUGAAAUUUUUGGCUCGUCCAUCUUCGGACAACUUAAUAUAACCUACUUUACUCUACCGUACAUACCUUACUUUGCCUUCCGUAACCAACCGUACUCUACCCUACCCUUCACUUUCCUACCCAACCCUACCCUACAAUACCCUAUCUUACCGUACCCUACCCAGCCGUAUCUUACUCUACCUUACCAUACUUUACCAUACGUUGCCCUGCCCUGCUUUUCCCUACCAGAUUUUACCCUCCCUACCCUAUCCUACUAAACGGUACUCUGCGUUACCAUACGAUGUCUUACGCUACCUUUUACUAAAUACUAUUCCCGUCCAUACUGUAACUUUUUUAGUGGUAUUCACAUAAAAAUAGUAUCAGGUAGUCCUUAUGAAACAUUCGUUACAAUACUUUUUCAUAAUACGAUACUAUAAAACACACCCAGUCAUCCUAUAAAACGAUACUAUAACACAUACACUACUAACACCAACCUUUUUUAGACGACAAAACGCAAAACGAAAACACACCUCGAGCAGAAGAGCCAGCUACAGCUAUCGAACGACCAAGCAUACUCCCAGACACUCAAGAAAGCCUAGCCGAUGAAGCGUUGUUCCCUCAUAUUAAAGCACGCAACUUUCUACAAUGCCCCGGCGACAUUCCGGGAAAAAAGUUUACAGAAUUCUACAAGAAGUCGGUGCGAAGAAGGAGCAGGAGACCAACUCGAGAAGAAAAGCCACCUUCGUCGUCUAAUGCUUCAUAG